AUGUUUCAGGAGGAUAAAAACAAGCUUUAUGAAGAAUAUACACAAGCCUUGCUUAGUAAUGAAAAAGCAUACAAGGCAUUGAAAAUGGAGCAGGAGGUAUAUAAGCAAACUCACAAACAUUACCUGAAGAGUGAAAAUGACGUCAAGGCCCUACAAACAGUGGGACAUAUAAUAGGCGAAGUGUUAGAAAAAUUAAGUGACGAGAAGUUCAUCGUCAAAAGUAGCCAGGGGCCAAGAUACGUUGUCGGAUGCAUGAAGGCAAUAGACAGAAGGAACAUAACAGCAGGAACAAGGGUGGCAUUGGACAUCACAACUCUUACGAUUAUGGUGGUACUUCCCAGAGAAGUGGAUCCAAUGAUCCAUUCGAUGGGGGAAGAAAGCCCUGGAGACAACAUUUCCUUUGAAUCUGUUGGAGGCCUUAAGGACCAGAUAAGAGAGCUUCGGGAGGUGAUAGAACUCCCUUUGAAAAAUCCAGAUAUAUUCAAAAGAAUUGGAGUACGAGCUCCUAAGGGGGUUCUUCUGUAUGGACCUCCUGGAACAGGAAAGACCUUACUAGCAAGGAUAGUUGCAGCCACAAUGGAUGUGAAUUUUUUGAAGGUAGUGUCUUCUGCGUUAAUUGAGAAGUACAUUGGAGAGUCUUCGCGUAUGAUUAGAGAGAUGUUUGCCUAUGCGAAAAGGAAGGCGCCGUGCAUAAUAUUCAUGGACGAGAUCGAUGCUAUUGGAGGAAAAAGAUCCAGAGAGUCCAGUUCCUCGGACAGGGAAGUCCAAAGAACUCUGAUGGAGCUUCUCAACCAACUGGAUGGGUUUAAUGAGCUCGACAAUGUCAAGGUUAUUAUGGCAACAAACAGGCCAGACAUACUCGACCCAGCACUUCUUCGCCCUGGAAGACUUGACAGAAAGAUUGAAAUCCCACUUCCUAACGAACAAGGGAGGAAGGAGGUGUUAAAGAUUCAUUCUAAACUCAUGAAUGCUAUUGAAGAAAUUGAUUACGAUUCAUUGGUGAAGCUAACUGCAGGAUUCAACGGAGCAGAUCUAAGAAAUGUAUGUACGGAGGCAGGUAUGAUUGCCUUGAAGGACGAAAGAGACUAUGUAAAACAUGAAGAUUUUGUUAAGUCUGUUAGGAAAAUAGCAGAUGCAAAGAAACUAGAAACUAGAUUGGACUAUAGGAAGAAGUAA